AUGUUCGGAGUUACACCACACGCGGUACCAUACAUAGCACCGCCAGCACCCCCCAAGACAACAAAUGGCCGAACUAAGAGCAGGUCCUCAAGUCUUGUUCCUUUCAGAGAUGACUCUAAGUUGGUAGCGUUCCGGUAUGACCAAACCGUCCAGGCAGAGCCACCUAUACCAAUACCACCACCUCGAUCCUCUCGUCGCCCGCCACCGCGUCCUAUUUCGUGCAAUACAGCUCGUAUUCCCAUCGUCGUACCGCCUCCACGUCCUGCCCCUCCUACUGAACAGCACCCGGCGCUGAGAACUAUCAGCAGUCCACGAACGCUAGUAGAUGUGAGAAAGCGAGAUUCCUGUCAUUCGCCGACUACUCCUUCUAGCUCGUGGACCAUUCGCGAGGAUAGCGAGACGGACGACGAAGAUCCAUUUACCUACGAAAAUGUUAAGAAAUUUGGCGAAAUUAAACCCCUCCAAUUGACAACUCGUUCUGCAUCUCCUUCUCUAUAUUCACGUCAAGAGGAACGAAACGAAUCGGCGCCUAAAUCCCCUAGCGGCAGAUUGUCACCAGUACCUGACCCCCAUGAUUCUCCAAUUAUUUCAACCACUAUCCCCACCGAGAGCUUGUUAGAAGAUGACUUUAUGACCCAGCUGUCCUUCUCCAAGCGUGGUAGCCUCAUUUUUGGCGCCAAGCAUUCGCGCACCAAAUCCAACAGGAAUCCGCCUAAGAUGGCCGAACAACACGGCAUCAUCAAUAAUGGAACCGCUGCCGCCGAUCGACCUAUUCAACCUGUUCAACCACGCGCUUUUCCUUUAGCACCGACGCGCGAAAAGGUUCCCGAUGCUGCUAUCACUGUCGGCGCGAGCGCUAAUGAACCCGCCAAAUUCUCAGGGGCUACCGACGACGCCUUGACCAGCACACCGCCCACACCGCGUCGGUUACCUCCUAGUGUUCGGGUUAUAUCUGCUGAGGCGGAGAAGGAAUCUCAAAAGGUGAGAUCGCUCUAUGAAUCCGGAGAAGGUGUCAAGUGGGAAGAGGGCGCGAGACACUCGUCGAUUGAUGAGCGUAUCCAGCCCUCAGCAGAAGACCCGUCAGAAGAAAAUGCGAAUGAUGCGUCAAACGACCAGGCUGGACACCCUACUCCAAUCUCGGUUUCUACUUCGUCGCCACAAGAUAACGACGUGAGGCGCGAAUAUGAGUUGGCAGGAGGAAUCGAAGAUUGGGAAGGAGUGCAGGUUGAAGAUGUCGAUCGUUACGGUUUCAUUGCAGUUCAACAGCCGCAAGAUUCGCGGCCGUCGUCGCCAACCGGAACUACUACAAACGGCAUCACAUUCGUUAAGAGUCAGGAGCGGCCCCAGGAGGAAGAUGUCAGUACGCUCUUUAAACACACAGGCGUCGGAAUUGUCUACGGCGUCGCAUCGAGAUUACUAGAUGAAGCUGGGGAUAUCCUUGCAACACACCCAGGCUUGUCGCAUCUUACCGAGGACGGGUCGGCUGAGAGGAAGCUAGCCGAGUCGAAGCUGAAGGAGACGCAGCGCGCUGAGAAGUGGUUAAAGAUGGCUACGGUGAUUAAAGUAGGCGAGGACGGUCAAGGUAUGGUGUUUGAUUUUGAUCAGAAGCACCCGAAGCUAGUCAAACGCGUAUGGAAGGGUAUCCCUGAUUGUUGGCGAGCGGCAGCUUGGUAUUCGUUCCUCUCCACCGCUGCCAAGGCUAGCAGCGAACCGUUUGCUACCGAGGAGGAAAUCAAGGCCGAUUACCACCGGCUCGCCGAGGAACCAUCUCCCGACGACGGACAAAUCGAUUUGGACGUGCCCAGGACAAUUAAUCAACAUAUUAUGUUCAGACGGAGAUACCGUGGUGGCCAGCGAUUGCUUUUCCGAGUACUGCACGCCUUGUCCCUUUAUUAUCCCGACACGGGCUACGUCCAGGGCAUGGCUCCGCUGGCAGCAACUUUCCUAAGCUAUUUCGACGAGGAGAUGUGCUUCGUAAUGCUGGUGCGACUGUGGAAGUAUCGUGGUCUCAAUCGGAUGUAUGGUUCUGGAUUUGUGGCGCUCAUAGAGGCUCUGAAAGAUUUCGAAAACGAUUGGCUAGCUAGUAGAGACGUCGCUUCGAAACUUACUGAGCUUUGUAUUGACCCGACGGCGUAUGCUACUAAGUGGUAUCUAACCCUCUUCAACUUAUCGAUACCAUUUCCUGUCCAGCUCCGCGUAUGGGACGCAUUUAUCCUACUCGGUUCUUCGCCAGAGCCGACGGACGGCUCCGCGUCACCGACCAAAGCUGUUCCAGAACCGUCGUCUAAGGGACUCGAGAUCCUCCACGCAACUAGUCUCGCUAUUAUUGAUACGCUCCGGCCAACGCUGCUAGAUUCCGACUUUGAAAACGCUAUGAAGUCUCUUACUUCCUGGGUUCCUAUUAAGGAUGAGCAAGGAUUUAUGGACCUCGUUCAACUGGAGUAUAGACGGCAUGAGAGCAAACAGAAGACCUAG